CUUUCUUCCUACCCUCCUAGGAGCUUCUCUUCUUCCUCCGAGACUUCCUCAAAUCCAGUAUAUGGGUUAGAAAGAAAGAAAAGGAAUAUCACAUGUCUCAGUGGCCACAUUACCAUUUAUCUGCCCUAAUGUGGAGGAAAAGGAGCACUGGUGGCACAGUGGUUAAGUGAUCAGCUGCUAACUGAAAGAGCCUGAGCCCUUGUAAAGCUGGCAAUGACAAGUCUGAAUGGUAGCCAUGCCGAAAAAACCACUGACAUGCCAAAACCAUCGAUCCCCAAAGUGCACGUGCAGAGGUCUGUGUCCCGAGACACCAUCGCCAUUCACUUCUCGGCAUCCGGGGAGGAGGAGGAGGAAGAAGAGGAGGAGCUCAGGGGAUACCUUGAGGAGGAGCUAGAUGACGAAAGCAUCGUAACAGGGCUCGAAGCCAAGGAAGACCUCUAUCUUGGCCAUGACCCCAGUGACCCUGCUGCCUCUCUCAUCCAGGCAGAUGGAUUGUCCGUGUCCCAGCUCCCUGCCAUUUUACCUGUUUCCGAGAACACUGUAAAGCUGUUGGAGUCUCCUCCUCUGGCAGCCCGAGUAUUAAGCACAGUGCCAUUGGCUGUGUCCCCAGGGUCUUCUUCGUCAGGGCCCUUAGCUAGCUCUCCCAGUGUGUCAUCCCUUUCUGAGCAGAAAACCAGUUCUUCCUCCCCAUUGUCCUCUCCUUCCAAGUCUCCUGUCCUCUCAUCUAGUGCCUCAUCCUCCACCCUUUCCAGCACAAAACCCUUUAUGAGCCUUGUGAAGUCCCUGUCGACAGAGGUGGAGCCAAAAGAAUCCUCACACCCCCCAAGGCACAGGCACUUAAUGAAGACAUUAGUCAAGUCUCUGUCCACAGACACUUCCAGGCAGGAGUCAGAUACUGUGUCCUAUAAGCCACCUGACUCCAAACUGAAUUUACACCUGUUCAAGCAGUUCACACAGCCACGAAACACAGGUGGAGACUCCAAAACUGCUCCCUCUUCCCCGCUGACUUCUCCCUCUGAUACUCGUUCCUUUUUUAAAGUGCCCGAAAUGGAGGCUAAAAUUGAAGACACUAAACGACGCCUUUCAGAAGUCAUCUAUGAGCCUUUUCAGCUCCUUAGUAAAAUUAUAGGGGAAGAAAGUGGCAGCCAUAGGCCCAAAGCCUUAUCUUCAAGUGCUUCAGAACUCUCUACUCUGUCCAGUUUGAACGGUCACUUAGAAAGCAAUAACUACAGCAUCAAGGAAGAGGAGUGUGAUUCUGAGGGUGACUGCUAUGGAAGCGACCCCAACAUCCCCAGAAGUGACCCCCCAAAGUCAGCUGAAGAUCCCCCACGAGAGGUGGAACUGAAAAGUUCCCAGGUUAGCGGUCUGAAGGACUUAGGCCUGAAGACCGGUUCCCUAGUUCUUGAGAAAUGUUCUUUGUCUGCCUUAGUGAGCAAAGAAGAUGAAGAGUUUUGUGAACUGUACACUGAGGACUUUGAUUUGGAAACAGAAGGGGAGGGUAAAGUUGAUAAAUCCUCAGAUACCGCCCUUAAGCCAGAGGUACUGGUGGAUGAUGGUGUGGCUCUUGACAGUGACGAUGAGGUGGACUCAGCUGAGCAGCACCAGGAAUUACCAGUGAAGACCUUGGGCUUCUUUAUAAUGUGUGUCUACGUGUACCUCAUCCUCCCCCUCCCCCAUUAUGUGAGUGGACUCUUUUUGGGCGUUGGCCUUGGAUUCAUGACUGCAGUUUGCAUGAUUUGGUUUUUUACACCACCAAGUGCUCCUAAAUAUCACAGGUUACAUAAAAAUCUACAACACUGGAACACAAGAUCUCUGGAUAUUAAAGAACCUGAAAUUCUAAAGGGAUGGAUGAAUGAGAUUUACAACUAUGAUCCCGAAACUUACCAUGCAACUUUGACACAUUCAGUCUUUGUUCGACUUGAGGGUGGGACCUUAAGACUUUCGAAGCCCAAUAAAAAUAUAUCCAGGAGGGCCAGCUACAACGAAGCAAAGCCAGAGGUCACCUACAUCAGCCAGAAAAUCUAUGACCUCUCAGACAGCAAGAUUUAUCUUGUACCUAAAAGUUUGGCUCGAAAACGAAUCUGGAAUAAAAAGUACCCCAUUUGUAUUGAGCUUGGUCGACAAGAUGACUUUAUGUCUAAGGCCCAGACUGAUAAGGAAACAUCAGAAGAGAAGCCACCAGCUGAGAGAGAGCUGGCAGGCGAAGACCCUAAGAAGCCACCGCUGGAGGGAACAAGAUCUGGGCAGCGAGAUCAGAUCCUUUAUCUGUUUGGGAGAACUGGCCGAGAAAAAGAGGAGUGGUUUAGAAGAUUUAUUCUGGCAUCUAAACUGAAAUUGGAGAUCAAGAAGCCACCUGGUGUCUCUGGAAAUAAACCAGGGGUUUUGCCCACACACAGCAGACACAACAGUCCCUCUGGGCACCUGACCCACAGCCGCAGCAGCAGCAAAGGCAGCGUGGAAGAAAUCAUGUCCCAGCCGAAGCAGAAGGAGCUGGUGGGUAGCGUGCGGCAGAAGAUGCUUCUGGACUACAGCGUGUACAUGGCCAGGUGUGUCCCCCAAGAAAACCGAAGCCCCCAGAGGAGCCCUGUGCAGAGUGCCGAGAGCAGCCCCACAGCUGGGAAAAAGUUGCCAGAGGCUCUACUCUCUGAGGAGGAAGAACAGGAAGCUUGGGUGAACGCCUUGCUUGGAAGAAUGUUUUGGGACUUCUUAGGAGAGAAAUACUGGUCUGAUCUGGUGUCUAAGAAAAUCCAAAUGAAACUCAGCAAAAUAAAGCUCCCCUACUUUAUGAAUGAGCUGACUCUGACGGAACUUGACAUGGGGGUGGCUGUGCCAAAAAUCCUUCAGGCCUUCAAGCCUUAUGUUGAUCACCAAGGACUCUGGAUUGAUUUGGAAAUGUCCUACAAUGGGUCCUUUCUGAUGACUCUCGAGACCAAAAUGAAUUUGACCAAACUAGGUAAAGAGCCUCUUGUUGAAGCCCUGAAGGUUGGAGAAAUUGGCAAAGAAGGGCUCUGGGCCUCAGAGACGGGCUCUGCCAGUGUGACCAAAGCUCGGCCAAGAAGCCCCCAGUGCCUCUCGGAGGGGCACCCUGAGCACUCACCUUUGCUGGUGACCAGCAAGCUCCAUGCCAAUGCAGGCCAAGUGUCCAACCUAGAAGGAUCAAUGAUGAGUUGCAGACCCAGGGCGUACUGUCUGGCCGACAGCGAUGAGGAAUCUUCCAGUGCUGGCUCCUCCGAUGAAGACGACGCCCCAGAGCCCAGUGCGGGAGACAAACAGCUCCUCCCGGGAAGUGAAGGGUAUGUUGGAGGUCAUCGAACAAGUAAGAUUAUGAGAUUUGUAGAUAAAAUUACCAAGUCAAAAUAUUUCCAAAAAGCAACAGAGACAGAGUUCAUCAAAAAGAAGAUUGAAGAAGUUUCUAACACACCUCUGCUGCUAACUGUUGAAGUGCAAGAAUGUAGAGGAACCUUGGCGGUCAACAUUCCACCACCCCCGACUGACCGGAUCUGGUAUGGUUUCCGGAAGCCGCCAUAUGUGGAGCUAAAAGCUCGGCCAAAACUUGGAGAGAGGGAAGUGACUUUAGUUCAUGUGACAGACUGGAUAGAGAAGAAACUGGAGCAGGAGUUUCAGAAAGUUUUUGUCAUGCCAAACAUGGACGAUGUUUAUAUCCCUAUAAUGCACUCAGCCAUGGACCCACGCUCCACUUCCUGCCUCCUAAAAGACCCAGUUGUGGAGGCUGCUGAUCAGCUGUGAUGGGUGAGAGCUGACCUUUCCAGUGUUAGAUCUAGGCUCCUGGUGUGAGGUUCUUGGCUGCCAGCUGUGCCCUAGCACUGGCCUUCACUUGUGCCACAGCUACUGUUUCUCAGAGAACUGCUUCUGCCCUCUGCCUGCCGGUGCCCAUUCCACUGUGAGGUGUCAUUCCACACGUCCAGUGACAGGUGUCUGGAUUGCCUGCUGCAAAGCUUUGACUCUAGGCAAAGGAGACUGAGGACGAAUCACCACAGGUUACAGAAGUUACAGGUGAUUCACACCAUGGCUGUUUUAAGUCUCCCAGUUUUCAUGGCGGCAAAAGAGCACAUGAAGAGUAAAGCUGUACAACUGGAAGGCUUCUCCUUGCCUUCUCGACUCCUCCAAAGCUUUUCCUCAGGCAGCCAGUGCACACCUGGACAUUUUUUUUCACUUUUACAGUUGAUAUGCACGACUGCAGCCCUUCAUGCUCCCCGAGAAUGUCAGUGUGGUGAUGUGUGUGAAGGUGGGAAGUGGAAUCUUGUGAGCUAUUUCAUUGGUGGUAGAGGUAUGCAUAGCAACCUACUUUUUUUCAUACUAAAUUGUGCAUUUUGGAAGCAAGCAGCCAUAGAACACACACACACUACCGCUAUCAGCUGGGGUGGGGACGGUGGGAUUGAUGUGAACAUUAGGCAAAGCCAUGUGAUCAAACCAUCCCAAGCCUUUUUACCAGUGAGGUACAAUCACCUGGUUUGUAACUGAUCCUGAAUGUUCUCCCGAGACACACACACACACACACACAAAUGAAAAUGUCACCCUACACGAUGACCGAUUGUCCCUCAUAAAGUUGGGGUGGGGCGAAUAGGCAGUCUUUCCAUUUGGCAUUUCCUGUCAGCUCCUGAAGGUUUCGUAUAGAAAUCCAAAGGCUUUGUUACCUAAUUCAUUGGUUUGGGAUAGCUUUGUGGGCAGUUUCCCUUUCCCAUGGCCAAAAUGGAGAACUGCUCUUUAAGUAUGAGAGUCAAGACCAAAAGUUUGUUCAACAUCAAAACACUACAUUAUCUCAAAACCUAACAUGACCUUUCUUUAAUAUUGCCAAGUUUAUUUUGUGCAUUUGUGUCAGAAUGUUUAGUUUACAAGUUUGGGGGCUCCCUCUAAUUGUAUAAUUUGCUUUGAGAACAAUACAAUUUUUUUUUGUUUGUUUAAAACUACAUUUGAUGCUGUAACUUUUGAUAAUUUACAUCUGUGGACAAAGCUAAUAGUGGUUUUUUAAAUAGCACCUUGCCUGAACAUGACUUUAAAGAAAUUAAUAUAUUGAGAAAAUAUAUUUGGAACCUUACUGGAUUAUUUUAAUUGCACCAUUAAAACAUUUGACUUAAAAUA